CUGCAUACAACAAACUAUCAUUAUAAACUGUUAAACUUUACCCUGCAUACAACAAACUAUUAUUAUAAACUGUUAAACUUUACCCUGCAUACAACAAACUAUUAUUAUAAACUGUUAAACUUUACCCUGCAUACAACAAACUAUUAUUAUAAACUGUUAAACUUUACCCUGCAUACAACAAACUAUUAUUAUAAACUGUUAAACUUUACCCUGCAUACAACAAACUAUUAUUAUAAACUGUUAAACUUUACCCUGCAUACAACAAACUAUUAUUAUAAACUGUUAAACUUUACCCUGCAUACAACAAACUAUUAUUAUAAACUGUUAAACUUUCCCUGCAUACAACAAACUAUCAUUAUAAACUGUUAA